AUGCUUACAGCUCCGCUUUCCCAACCCUGGCGGGCCCUCUUCUUGAUCAGCAUAGCUGCCGCAUCCCUUCUCUCCUUUGGCUGGCUCGCCAGCUGGGUUCUCCCCGGCUCAAAAUCCUUUGACCUCCCUGGAAGAUAUAGCCACAGCUCAUCUUUGGCGAAGCUGGCCUUCGAAAAGGUGCUCCACGAUGCAUCUCCUAUCUUUGGCAUUCCCGACGCCAACGAACGCACUGCCAAGUCGUCCACAGCGAUGUGGAUGGGAGAAUUUAGCGACGAUACACUACUCGUCCAUAUGAACAUUCCGGGCACACACGAUGCGGCCACUUGGAACUAUACCCAGGAGACCCAAACUUCACUCCAUUUCGCCUCCGAUCUGGCGAAGCUAUCACCAACAGAUCCCGCAGCAUAUCGCUGUCAGGACAGAUCCAUGGCCGCUAUGCUAGAAGCUGGCAUUCGUGCGUUUGAUCUUCGAUAUGAUUAUGAUGUGACUCGGACCACGCUUGUAUUCUGGCACGGCGAUGCUUUACAGUCCGAAACCGCAACUGUAGACGGUGUGCUAUAUGCCUUUUACGACUGGCUUGAUCGACAUCCUAGCGAGGCGCUCUUCCUUUCAUUCCAACACGAAGGAGKUGGCGAUGACGUUGGUACGCAGCUUGCGUUGUACGACAUACUCACCUCUCCCGCAGCAAAGAGAUAUAUCGACCAAACCAGAGGACAUCUGGGCACUCUAGGCUCUGUGAGAGGCAAAAUCACCGUCCUGCGUCGUUUCGAUCUGGGUCUCCUGCCAACAUCUUAUGAAGAUUCGAUCCCUGGUAUACACUUCUCUCCUAAGCAGUGGACGGUAAACGGCGACAACAUCGCAUUGGAAUAUAACACAACCGGUAAAGCAACCGCCUACAUCCAGGAUUACUUCCACCCUCAAACGCCCAAGCACUCUCCUCUCGACACGAACGUUCGUUGGAAACUCAACGCCACCGAAGCACACUUCAAACGUGCGGCKAGUGAUGCUCCCAUGUUCAGAGAUGCGUUGUUCUGGAGCUUUGCAUCCAGUACGAAGACCGACAAUGACCCUUCGAGUACGCCGCGGGAUCUAGCUCUAGGCGAUGGGUCAGUGAUGGGUGUCAAUCAGGAGCUUUUGGAGUUCUUGAAGGGGAUGAAGGGGAAGAGAUUAGGCAUUACUAUGUUUGACUUCUUCGAGAAGCCGGGCGAGCUCUUAGAUUCGUACUUGGGACUGUUGACUCCCAAGCAGGCGAGGAACUAUGGGACGAAAGCAUAG